AUGCAGUGUGUCCGCGCAUCCACGAGAUUCAUCGAGCGGAGCAUCGCGUUCACAGUUCCACUCAUCAUCUUUGCCAUACCACACAUGGACCACCACUAUGUGUCCAAGAUGUUUGCCAUAGACGACGUGCACUUCAUGGACAGCAACAAUCCUGAGUGCUACAAUUAUUCAUCGGAUUCCAGGCUUAUGCUCUCCUGGAUUUCGCUGCUCACAGCUGCGCAUUUCUUCUUGAAUGUGCGGUGGUUCAUGCUCAUCCCCUCGCAGCUGGCAGGUGUGCUUGCUUACGGCGUGUGUGCGAUCCUCGGGAGUCCUGAAGGUGCCUUCAACGUCCCGAUGAACCUGGCGCUGUUUUGUGGCGUCACCGCCCUGGCAUCCAUGGCCAAACGACAGCUGGAGAAUAAUGAACGCCUACUGCGCGUGCAGCUGAUAUCCGAAAGGGUGGCGCGCUUCGAGAGCGACUUCAAGCUCGAGCAGGCCCAAAGCUCGAUAUCAUCUGGGAGGUCGAGUCCCAAUCGUCGGUCGUCUGACCUCCAGUCCGUAGUCGCUUGGCGGAAUGGUCAGACUGGUUUCACCCAGUUUAUCUUCGAUAUGAAGACCGACUGCAAAGAACAACUUGAGCACAUGGUCACCUUGGGCCACCAGGAGCACUGGCUCAUCGAGGCCAGCCAACUCAGCUUCAAUCCGAAGAACCUGAUCGGACGUGGCAACUAUGGAGUGAUCCUCGCAGGGGAUCUACUCGGAAUGCCGGUAGCGGUGAAGCUGCCACUGGCCAAUGCAUCCCUGUCACUGCCGGACUUGGCAAACGAGCUCCGAUUUCUUCGGCGAGCACGUCAUCCUCACAUUGUCGCUUUUCAAGGUGCCUGUAUAUUGCCUCAAGCCGAGAUUCUGUUCUUGGUGGAGGAGCUGGUGAAUGGAACCAGCUUGCAGGCGCUCCUGUCGGGGUCACUGCAGCUGAACACCAUGGAGAAACAUGGGGUGCUGCUAGGAAUUCUCCGUGCCCUGCGAUAUCUGCACGGCUUGGUGCCUUCCGUCGCACAUGGCGACCUGAAGCCCAGCAACGUGUUGGUCUUGGACCGUGACAAGUCGCCGAAGCUCAUCGACUUUGGGCUUGCGCGGAUUCGCCACAGCCACUCGCGCCAGCUGGGAGGAACUCCCCGGUACAUGGCGCCAGAGGUUCUCACCAAGACCAUCCAGAUGGCAAAAGCAGAUAAGGCUGACAUGUUCUCCUUUGGAAGGGUGAUUUUCUUCGUACUGACAGCAGCAAACCCCCUGCAGGGGCUCAGCGUGCAGGACGUUGUCUCCCAAGCGGAGAGAAACCAGGUACCUGACCUGCAGUGGCCUGCUACCUCUGUACCUUUCUUUGAAGAUGCCAAGAGGCUCAUUGACUCCUGUCUCAAGCCUUCCCCGGACGACCGACCGACUGCAGAAACAGCGGUUGCUUGGCUUUUUCCAUGCUUUCAGGCAACACUUGGCGGUUUUCCGGAUGGGGCGCACCUACGAGACAGUAUCAACCGAGAUAAUCGUACAGAGGUGGAUCCGGAAACGCGCUUGGUGACCUCCUGCGCUGCAGCCGCAAGGCUCUACCUCGCGCAGAAGAACCAGAUCUGA